GUGUUUGCGAGGUUGCUGACCCUUUGGAAGCAGCAUGACCGAAGAGGAAUUGUACACCGUCUAUAAAGGAGUCUAUCUUCCAAAACUGAUGCAUCCUCCAGAGAGCAUUGCAUACUAUGAACAAUUCACUUUUAGACCGGACGACGUUGUUAUUGUGACUUAUCCGAAAUCUGGCACAACAUGGAUGCAGGAGAUCACUCCCCUGAUUCAGAGUGGAGGGGACUUGACCUCGGUUCUGACCCAGCCCAACUGGGACCGGGUUCCCUGGCUGGAGGUACACAGGGCCCAGGUUCUAAACCUGGAACAGAGGCCUUCGCCUCGCCUGUUUGCCACACACUUCCGCUGUGACAUGAUGCCCCAGUCCUUCUUCAAGGACAAGCCCAAGGUGAUUUACAUCAUGAGGAACCCCAGAGAUGUGUUCACAUCUUCCUACCAUUAUUAUGGGAUGGCCUCCUACCUGGUUAAUCCCCAAUCACUGGACGAUUUCCUACAGAAGUUUCUCAGUGGAAAAGCAGGGAGUUGUUCUUGCCUACACGUCCCACCUGCUCGGGUGCCGUCUCCACCCGGUUUCAAGUUAUGUUUGGUUCAUGGUUCGACCACGUUAAGGGUUGGUUGAAUGCAAAGGACCAGGACCGUGUUAUGUACAUCUCCUAUGAGGAGAUGAUAUGGGACCUGAGGGAUUCUGU